AUGGUUUCGUACAUUCGUGAGCAUGCCUCAUUGACGCCCCGCUACGGCAGGAAUUAUCAAGUUCCGCGACUCGCCUUCCCAGAAACGAAACCUGCAUCCGCCUCCGCUUCGACGACAUCCCAACCAGUCGACCCCUCGUCGAUAUUUGCUUCAACCGUAAAUCAGCACUCGCCCCGUGCAUCUGUCCAGGUGCAAAGAGGCGGUGAGAUUAUUCGGCCCAGGACGAAUACCUACCCCACCAGUGGUUAUCUGCUGUGUCUUGGCAGCGCCAGCAUCAGUCGACCCACUUGA